ACCCCCCGGGUAGUACCUACCUACCUACCCUCUCACCCCUCGUCACCGUGGAAAAGGACCACCGCCCCUACCUACCGUGUCGCAAAAUCCCCCCUUUUGGACCGAACCGUGGCCAACUGUGAGAGAAAGUCCGUACUCUGGAACGCUCCAUUGGACCAGAGGAAAAAGACCCAACACCGAACAACUCCUUGCGGUACAAUUCGUGGAACCGUUUGCUUGGGCAACGAAAGUCGCUCUACUCUACGUGACAGGCAAAGAGUCGAUUCGUCUCGUGACGGUUUGGGUCGACACAUCUAUCUAUCAUCUAUCCAUCCGCCGAUACGCAGCCCGCCGUCGGUCCUUCCAAUAGAAUCUUCUUCACGGCGCUUUACCGGUUUCUUGCUAACCCAAGCUUCGUCGGAACUUGUUGCGCGCCACCGGAACAAUGCCAUCGGAUGGUGGACUGGGAACGGCCCUCGUGGGUGAAAAAAUAAUGAUCAACACGCUGCAAAUAGCCGUCACCAAAUUCCUCGGAGAAGGCGGCUUCUCGUACGUGUACCUGGUCAAGGAAAUUGCCGACACUUCUACGGGUCAAUCGUUGAACAACACGACACACGGGGAAAUUGCGGUGGGACGCUCCGGAUCGGGCUCGGGUGCCAGUCGGUCCGGUAGUUUCGGUAAUGGUACCAAUACCGGCUCGCGGCGGCAAGGAUCCGUCGGACGGGCCGACAACGAAAAACGCGAAAUGGUGCUCAAAGUUACCAGCAUCAUUUCGCGACAACAGCGCGAAAUCGCGGAAAAGGAAGCCAAACUGCUUUCCCGGCUCAGUCAUCCUUCCAUUAUCAAAAUGAUUGAAGCCUGCUAUCGAACAGUCACGCAGUCCGCGUCCAGUGGCGUGGGGCGUUUCGGUAAGGGCGAUAGCGACAAGGCGAAGGAACGACCGCAGCAUAUGAUCCUCAUGGAGUACUGCGAAGGAGGACAUUCACUCGACGUAUGCAAUCAAAUGGUGGAGCAGGGUACACGCUACGAUCUCGGGACACUGAUUAUUGCCUUUGGACAAAUCUGCAACGCCGUCUCCUAUCUACACGCACAACGUCCACCAAUCGUACACCGCGACCUCAAAAUGGCCAAUUUUCUCGUUAAGGACGGCGCCUACAAACUCUGCGAUUUUGGUUCAGCCGUCUUUGGCCACGUGGACCUCAAAACCCCGCAAAAUCGCUCGGAAGCGGAAGAAGUCAUCGAAAAAACAACGACACAAAUGUUCCGAGCCCCCGAAAUGGUGGACUUGUACAUGUGCAAAAAACUGACGCAGGCGACCGAUGUCUGGGCACUCGGUGUUUGUCUAUACAGUAUGGCGUACCUACAGAACUGUUUCGAAGAAGGUUCCAAUCUGGCCAUUCUGUCCAACAACUACAAAAUUCCCGAGGAAAAUCACUAUGGAGAAGGGCUUGUGGAACUAAUCGAUCGCAUGCUGACUAUCGAUAGCAAACAUCGCGCCGAUAUGACCGAGGUCAUCCUGUGCCUAUCGGCGCUAUAUUCCGGCAGACCGCUACCGCCUCGCAAAGACAAAAAAGAAAAGACCAAGAAAGACAAAGACGCCUCGUCGAACGGUGGCAGUAGCCGCGGCAGCAAAGAAAAGAAAAAGAAAAACGAGAAUGCCGGAAAAUUCCGGACAGAUACACAAGGAAUAUACAAUACCUCGUUGGCUAUUGAUCCUUCCGAAGCCAAGAAACCAGCGCAAGCCAAAAAGGUAGAUCCGAAUUCUGUGGCCGGGCGCCGCCUCCGUGCCGCCGGUGGGGACCCUGAUUUUGCGUCGCUCAGCAAUUUUGACGAGGCAGCCGUGCCGUCCAGCGCGGUAGAUGCCGAUGCUGCCUUCUCGACCGAUGCCGUCGACGCCUUUGCCUCGUUUCCCACCGACCUUGGACGUUCUAACGAGACAAGUGCGCCCGAUCAGUCUGACAUUUUUGCAACUCUCAACGAUAAUGGGGAGAAGGAUGCGGAUGUCAUUGCGGCGUUUGACGGCAGUCAAAACUGGGGGAACGGAUCGGGAAACUUAAACCCGUUCGCGAGUUUUGCCAAGGACUGUUCUAACAGUGGCGAAGAUAACGGCGAAAGCAAGGACGAGCCUGUGUCCAAAAGCGAAGGACGUCGUCGGGGUACCGUUCGUCGAGAAGGUGCAUCGUCUAGGCCAGAUCCUCGAUCUAAAUCACGGACAAGGAUCGGAAGCCGCUCGCGGGCGCGCAGUCGCACGCGCCGACGUGAUGAGCCUGACGGACGAAAAGAGCUCGCGGCAGACAAUGCGACAGUCGACGAUGUAACGAACGGAGUGGAAGAGAUGGGUAUCGAACAAACUCUCGAAGGCCUGCAACAAUCUCUUACGGAAGACAGCAACGCUGGUGACAACGGUGCGACGGAGGUUCGGCGACGCAGUGGAUCACGUCGGCCGUUACGAAGGACACUGAGCGGCGGCGAAGGCCUGAGGAAACUUAUAGUCGGAAAUGUACGCCGCACGUUAAGCACGGCGCACCAUGGCCAAGAUCCGGAAGCGAGACAACGUCGCACACAAAGCGACAAGGAGGGUCGCAGCAGUCUCAACAGCUCCUAA